AUGUUAUUAUCUUGUCCAGAACGUUACAAUCACCAAUAUUUAAGGCGAAUCUCGGAUUUUAAGGACGGAAUAAAUAUGAGCCAAGAGCAGGCUGCACUGUAUUUGUAUUGCCAACAGCAGGCUGCAGCCAGGAAUUACUGGUUGAUGUUACAGGCUUUAAACGCUACACCAUCGUUAGCAUCAGUGACGGCGGCAUCAACCGUACCCACAUUGCAACAACGUGAUAGCAAUGAAAUUAAAUGCGAUAAGUUACAUAAUACAAUAAUAUCCAGUAAAAAAUGUGCUGAAAAAGCUGCAGAAUCAAUUUUGGAUUUAAAACAAAAAGUUUGGGACACUGAUGCAUGUACACCGAAAACUGAACCAAGUAUUACUUCGUCAAAAAUUUCUGCAUUAUGUAGUUCAGAAGAAAUUCCAUCACCGUCAUCGCUUCUGUGUAGCCCAGCAUCUAGUGAUUCUGAUCGACUGUCAACAGCGAAAGAACGGGUUGAAGACGAUGAAGAAAUGGUUUAUGUGGAUGUGGAAAGUAUCGAAGAUAAAGUUGCAGCUAAGGGUCAACGAAAAGCGCAUAUAGAAUUUUAUCGAAAAUUAAAAGCACUUCGCCAGAGGGAAAAGGUUUUGGAGUGUCAGUUGUGUCACGAUAAAAUUGAAAACCGGGAGCACACUGUUCGAACACAUGUUCACAGUCAUUCUGAUACCGCUUUAUAUCGGUGCAAAAUGUGUGGUGCAGAGUCGAAAGAACAAAGUGCUAUGUUUGCGCAUACAAAUCGUUGUCACCCCAAUAAAACCAAUGUUUGCUUCGAAGAUCGUCGAGAUAUGAAUUGUUUAUCAAAUAUCUUGUUAAGAUGUUUUCCACGUGUAACACCAAAAGCUCGUGUCAGUUAUAAUGAGGUGGUUGAUCGGAUAUGGAAAAAUAUUGAGCUUAAUUCAUUGAAGCAGUUGGUUUGUGCAAUAUGUUCCAACAAUGUACAGGUGCAAAAAUCAUCAAUUUCACGUCAUGCAUAUAACCAUCCACACUACAGGUGUAAACGUUGCAAAUCGGUAUGUGCAGGUGAAGCAGGGAUUGUUGGACACUGUAAGCAACUUCAUCUGAUUGAUGAUCCAAAAGUGCAUCGAGAUUAUAAUGCGUGUACGGCUGCUGAUGUUAUGGUAUCGGUGAUUAAAAAAUGUUUUCCAGCACUUACAGAUGAUAGUACACCGUGUCUGCAGCAGCAACAGGAGCAAGAACAGCAUCAGCAACAACAACAAUAG